UUCUGUUAAUGAUUUGCUUUCAGGGUCCUGUUCUUGGUACAGCUCUUGUGAAGAUGGAGAGACCCUGUUUGAGGUCUUCAGGAGAGGCAAAGGGAAUACUGCGCGUGAGACUAGUGAGUGGGACGGAGGCCUCAGGUCUCCUCUCCUUGUGCACACGAGCACAUCUCCCCACCCUGUGAACCUACUGCUACCUCCUCUAACCUCUGCUGCUCUCUGGGUAUCCCCAAAAGAGGCAUUUUUUGCACAGGAGAUGACGGUCCAGUACAUCCAAUACAAGGGGAUAAAGUUCCCUCCUGGAUAUAACUCUGUGCAGAGCCUUUGCUUCGCUGAGAACAGCUUUGAAGUGUGGGACGAUGAUAUUUUUAACGUCACUUAUCCUAAGUCUGGAACAGUUUGGAUGACGGAGAUACUCAGCCUCAUUCUCAGUGGAGGAGACCCAACCUGGAAUCAAAGUGUUCUCAACUCUCUCCGUGCUCCCUGGUUCAGUACACGGCUAGGCCUGGAGAUGGCACUUAAUUCUCUAUCUCCGCGCCUGCUGACUUGCCAUCUCCCCAUUCAGAUCUUCCCCAAAACUUUCUUCACCUCCAAGGCCAAGGUGGUAUACACCUCACGGGACCCUCGAGACAUUGUGGUCUCCUACUAUUACUUCACCAAGAUGUGCACCACCUAUGAGGAUCCCAAUUCCUUCAACCAGUUCCUGGAGGGUUUCCUGAGUGGGGAUGUGCCUCAUGGAUCCUGGUUUGACCACGUCAAAGGUUGGAUGGAAAUGGAAGGCAGAUGCAACAUCUUUUUCAUCAGCUAUGAGGAGCUGAAGCAGAACCUGCGGGUCAGCGUGGAACACCUCUGCCAUUUUCUAGGGAAGCAGCUGGAUGAUGCAGCCAUCACCUCAGUGGUGGAGAAUGCCUCUUUUGAGGCCAUGCAGAAGAACAAGAUGUGCAACUCUACAAUGCUGCCCAAGGAGCUCAUGGACCAAGAGAAAGGGAUCUUCCUGAGAAAGGGCAUCUGUGGGGAUUGGAAGAAUCACUUCACUGUGGCACAGUCUGAGUACUUUGACAGAGUUUACCAGGAGAAGAUGCAGGGACUGAAAGGAAUCUUUCCAUAGAAACAAACUUGACUGAUGAAGCUCUCUUAACUUCUGUUCUGGGGCUCAAGCCUGGCUUGAUGUUAUGUCUUUCCCCAGAAUCCUAAAUCUGUAGGGGCUUAUUGUAGUCACUCAAAGAAUAGGGGAAAGUUCUCUGUAAAUGCUCAGAGGUAGUCUCCCUUGAUGUUACCACACAUGAGUCAAGAUUUUUGAAUAAGGCAAGUUCUUUUAUUUUUAAAAUAUCAAGGCAUGGAGUGAACGGCAUGUGAAAAGAUGAGCACAACACAAUGACAAAAAUGUAAUAAAUGAAUCCUCUCAGAGGGAUAAAAACAACAAGGGGGGAAGACCUUAAACAUGAUUGGAACACUGUUUUUCUGACAGUUGGCCCACAUAUCCUGCUUGAGGGUUGACAUUAGCUUUGUGCAUGUGACAGGAUAACACCCAUAUAUGAGGAGCAGGGGCAGCAUCAAGAGCUCUGGCCCCACCCCCACCUGUGCACAUUUGCCACAGCGCAUAGAUGGGAGUGAAGCCAGCAUACUUGAUUGGUAUGAGAAUGGUAUUUUAAGGGGGAAAGCCUUUCAUACCUUCUAAAGGGCAUUUGAGAGAUGGGAUUGGUAAAGAAGAAAGGAGAGGAAUGUUGGGAGUGGUGAAAGAGGAAAAAGUCACACAAAGCCUAGAAAUGGGGGCAGGGAAGAGGGAGGGGAGGCUGUGUGCUAUUGCCAAAGUGGAUGAGCAAGGGAGCCUUGAAGGAAGGAUGAGCAGUGAUAGGAAACUGUGGGGAAAGAACUUGAUCUGCUACCGGAUUGUGACACAGUGCUGAGGAACAUGACAGAGUGAGGGGGACUGUAGUGCUAUUAGCAGAGGAGGGUGGGCCAGAGGAACAAAUGGGUGGAAGGAAGCUAAUUUUCAUGUUUUCACCUGAGCUAACUAGCUGGAUUUCCCACCUGCAAGGGUUGUUUUUUGGGGGAAAGACUGAUUUUACUUGUACUUCGGACUGAAUAUCUGGAACCUGAUCAAGUGGCAACAGUUGACUUUAACCCACCUGACAGCUUUUGUGGUAGAAAAAUCUGCAUCUUGCCUGCCCUCCUUUCCUUUCAGGCUUAACUUGGUUGGAAAAUGUUUUUUUUAAAUAAAGAUUUUCCUGGAAUACAAACCAUGACUGCAACCUUGAAGAACGCGGCUCCUCCAGUACUUGGCAUAUAGACUGAGGCUGACACAAUGCUGGUCUGUAUGGAUGUGUCUGUGUGUGGCCCAGCUUUUGAUUACUAUGGCAAAAGGUGCUGGCUCACCUGUAAAUCACACCCUUGACCUGUUUGCAUACAUCCCAGAUGGAUUACAUAGUAAUGAAGCAAAGGUAUGUCCUGAUCAUGAUCAGGGCAGUUAAAGACUUGUGAAAUAGAAUAAUUUCCACUGUUUGAAGAUUGUUCCUGAAGGUUAGCUGUGUUCCAAGGCAAUCCAAAAUUCUUGGGAGAAAGAACAGACCUGAGGAGAAAUCUGAGAAGAUCUGCUUGCUUUCCAUGUCUGCAGCAGCAAAAUCCAAACCAAAUAUUUGUUCCAGCAUAUGCUUUGAGCAACUGGUGACUACUGCUUCAGAUGCUACGAGUGGAUCCUUACUUAGGCAGGUCUUUUAUGUAGUUUAUUUCCACCUCCAUGAGGAUCCUGGAGGGAAGGUGGUAGGGCAGUGGCCCCCAACCUUUUUAGCACCAGGGACAGAUUUUUCCACGGACCAGUGCGGGUGGGGUACUGGGGUUUUUGCUACCCCAGGCUGCCCCCACAACCACACCCCGUCCCUGCCCCCCAUGGGGGUCUUUAAAUGAGGAAUAGGCAAGGGACUCUGCCUCAAUCCACAGCCCGGCUGCUAACAGGUCAUAUACCGAUACCAGUACGUGGCCCAGGGUUUGGGGACCCCUGUGGUAGGGUAUAGCCUCGUUGCAUCAGAUCUCAGCCAAGCAGGGUUGGUGCCUGGAUGUGAGGGAAACCACCAAGGAAGACUCUGCAGAGGAAGGCAAUGGCAAAACACCUCAGCUUUUCACUCUCCCUGAAAGCCCCUUGCAGGGGGUCUACAUAAAUCAACUUGGUCACACUUUAUAUACACAGUGAGGAUCCAUUCAUGGCAUAUGAAGCAGGAUCGUGGAGCCAGGGUGAUAUAGUGGUUAAGAGCAGCAGACUCUAACCUGGAGAACCAGGUUCAAUUUUGCAUGGCUCCCCAUGAAGCCAACUGGGUGACUUUGGGUCAGUCACAGUUCUCUCAGCCCCCAAAAUAAGUAGCUAGCCAUCUAGUGGUGCAGAAUGCUAAAAAGAGCUAGUACUUCAGGCUGCCAGACAAUCUUAGGAUUUCCUGGCUAUACCACACACAACUGUCAGCUCGUGUUCCAUUGAAGCUAACUCUGCUGUUUGAAAUGUUUAUUUACUGCUAACUAACCCUGUGAAUCUUUGCCUACUAACACUAGUGCCAUUGUAGAAUGUGAAAGGGGGGAAGGAAGAGGUGAUUGAGGUGCCAAAGGCCAGAGAGGUCUUUGAAGUGCAAAAAUGCUCGGCCGCUUCUCAGGCGCCUGCUGGAGCCGAGCAAGGACACCACCGGGAGGAAGAUACAGUUUACAUGUGUGGGAGAUAAGGGGCGUGUGAACUGGGUACUUCCAAGAGACAGUCUGCAACUUUAUUAUGAGAAGUGAUUUAAAACCCCAACGCUUUGAUGUAUUUCCAUAAAUGCCAAUACCUUUCUGUAUUCGUUAUCAGUUUCAAAGAACCUGUGUAGAGAGUAGCAUUGUUGUAAUCAAUAAAUGAAGCUUAGUUUUGAACAAA